CUGAAAGUAAUAACACAGAUGCAAAUAAUGAUCGUGCAAGUAGUGGAGUGAGUCAACAUUCAUAAUAAACUCGUUAUCGCGGUCAAGAGCAGGAUUAAAUUUUUUCCGCCUGUUAUCAACACACACCUUUACUUUAAUAUAAAUAUAUAUAAUAUAAAUAUAAAUAUAUAUACUCCAUCAAAAGUACAAUUCACAAUAAAAAAUUGCUGGAUAAUCAUACAAAUUAUUUAAAAUCCCGUUUCAUGAGUCACGAGUAUCGUGAUAACUUUCAAGUGAUUUUUUAAAAAAAUAUAUUCAGUUGAAAAAUAAAGAUAGCGUUUGUAGUUGAAACAAGUACGGAAUUAUUGUAUUAAGUAUUAUCAGUAUUAAAAAAUAUUUUUAUUGUGAGGAGUCUGAUUAUUGAAUAAGUGAUUCCGGGAUUAGACGGUAGAGUGGCAGCUUUCAUUUGAAUCUUUGCCAUUGCCAUGGACGUAAAAAUAAUUAUUUUUUUUUGCUUGACAUGCGUCGGAAUAAUAAACGCGCAAGGCUCAUUUAAAAGUGGAUACUGUCCACUGCAAAACAGGGUAACGAGUUGCAUGCCGACUUGUAUGAGUGACUACCAAUGUGGAUUUAAUGAAAAAUGCUGUCCCAAUAAAUGUAACUCAAAGUCUUGUACAUCACCGAGUCCAGUGGGAACUGGUUACGAUGGGGGAUACAAAGGCUCUGGAGGUAAUGACGUCAAUUGCGGGGGAAGUACGUGCAAUCGAUAUCAAAAAUGCGAAUUUAAUCGCUCUACCAAACGUUACGAGUGCGUUCGCACAUAAAAUUAUUUUUAGAUUUAUUAAUAAAACCUGAAUUUUAUGAAUAAUCCAUUCUUAUGAUUUAAUCAAUUAUUUUUAGAUGAAUAAUUGUAAUGUAGAAAUGAAUUGUUUUAAUAAAAUAAUAAAGCAAACCAUAGGAAUAAUAAAAUGUUAAAUUUAUCUUUGAAAUUGAAUUGUGACUCAAGAUUUUCAUUGGAUUUUAUGAAAAUACUAAAUUUCCGAGUAAUUCUACAAGAGUGAAUGGAAAUCAACCGGAAAUUUGGUAUUUUUAUAAGAUUGAAUGAAUAUCUUUUAAAAGGAAAUUUAUAAAAUUAGUUUUGAUGAAAAAUUUUGUUUAACGUGACGUAAAACUUGAAAAUUUUUAAUUUUCCGAGCAUAUAAAAAAAUGUUCGACCUGAAAAGUGGAACUUACGACGCGCAUUAAAUUUUUGAAGCAAACUUGCGAUAUCGCAUAUUA